GCAAUACUUCAAUGGCGGCAGGGUUAAAAAGUUUGUCACUAUUUUUCUAAAACUCCCUUUUAUCGCUGCUGCUGAAGAUGAACGAGGCUUCCUUUGAGUUCAAACGCAAUGACAAGUCCCUGGGAUUGCUGACGAAGCGUUUUGUGGAACUCCUGCGUGACAGUCACGAUGGAACACUGGAUUUGAGACAUGCGGCAGAAGUGCUGUGCGUGCAGCAGAAGAGGCGGAUCUACGACAUCACGAAUGUCCUGGAGGGUGUGGGUUUGAUCGAGAAGCAGAGCAAAAAUAGCAUCCGGUGGCGAGGAUCCGUUCAGGCGCCGACGACUAACCGGCGGGUGCUGCACUUGCAAACCGUGGCGAGUCAGCUGAAGGAGGAGGAGGAUGAGCUCACGGAGCACUGCAUGUUCAUGCGGCAGAACCUGAGGAACAGCCUUGGCGACUCCGUGAAUCAGUCUUAUGCUUACGUGACCAGAGACGACCUGCGCGAUUGCUACGCGGAGGACACAGUGAUGGUGCUGCGGUGUCCGGAGAAGGUGAAGCUGUGCGUGCCGCUGCGGAAGAAGGCGGAAGAGACCGAAUGUGCCUUGCAAAUCUCCUCGCAAAUGAGGGCGAUUGAUGUGCGUCUGCUGACUGCUCAGGGAAGAUCACUAGUACAAAAGAGCUCCUUACCAGCUGCCAAUGUCGUCGUGAAGAAAGAGCCCGCCGAGAAGUGUGAACCUGACGGAAUGCCCGCGAAAAAAGACGAUGAGAGUACAGUCGAUGUUUUAGACCCGCCCAAGAGACGUCCUGGACGUCCGAGGAAAGUGAAGAGGAUUAAAAAAGAACCCGGAUAUGAUAGUGAUGAGUCCGAUUUGGAGGAGCGCCAGAAUACAGCGCGAAUUCUCCUGAAUCACAGCAAUAAGGAAGUCAAUAGGUUUAAGGAGCACGACUUUGAGAAGUACAGCACUGACCUUCCCUUCGUGACGCUUGAUCAUCCCGCGCACACGGCGUUCAAGUACUGCCUCGCGGGCAGCGAGGGAAUCGCUGAACUCUUCGACAUUCCCGCGCCCGAAGCGCAGUAGCGGAAGGAAUCAAAAGCAGUUUUGCG